GUGGAAACGUUUAUCGCUGUUCGACCAACAUCCGCCUGAUGCCGGCAAACCGUCCCACAUAUUAUGACAGUUCGAAUUGUUUACACUUGAUAGAUGGCAGCACAAAAGGGAUGCCACCAUUUCUGUUAAUACUAGGGGUCACACACAGAGAUUCAGGCAACCAGCAGACUGACACACACAGUCAGAGAUUCAGGUAACCAGACAGACACACACAGUUCAGUUGAAGGUAGUGACGCGAACGACGGAAUAAAUAUUUUUGUUCAAUCGAAAAGGAAGCAAAAGUGACAAGUCCCAGGGUUGUGGUGUGUUUAUUUUAACCAAAGCUGUUACGUAGUGCGUAAAUAUACAAAUGCAACAAUGUUUGUGAUCAUGGAUUGUUUCCUAUAGUAGAGCGAAUGAGUGAUUUUUUUUUAUCACGCACAAUAUCGUCAAGUAUCGAGGAAGAAAAAACAACUGUUUAACCCAUUGUGCUAAUUUCGCCCAGUUAGCUGUAAUCGCAAACUGCAUUAAGACACAGCAAAGCGUACCUAAAAGAGAGAGAGAGACCUUGGACGGUUUUCUUUGUACACCUAGAUAACAAACCGGGUAAUUUCACCCGCCCAACAAAACCUUGUUCAAGGAAAGUGCACAUACACAUUAUAAACCUCCGUAACUUGUAUACGCUGCAGGUUGCGCACAAAGGUGAAAACGUCACGGUAUUUCGGUGAGAUAAUACUUACUUAGCGAAAAGUAUUGUAAUUGACUCCCGUCAACGACGUCGUUGACGGAAAUAAAAAAAAAAAAAGAAAAGAAAACAAAAAAACAAUAUUUCAUACAUAUUCACAUAAAUUUGUGUAAUGUACCCAACGACGCGUCGUACAGAGCAAAAAAAUAUCAUCACCUCAAGAAUUAACUUCGUACAUUCGAAAAGGAAAGGGAUCUUCAUACACCCGAAAAAAAUGUUCAAAAACUCGAUACAUCAUCGAAAUUUAAGUAUAAGUUUGUUAAAUCUUCACUGUGUCUAAACGCUACGAACAUCUAUACUACAUUUUUUUUCACACUUCCACCAUCAAUGAUUUCUUUCUUCGUACAAACAUACACACACCGUACAAUCCCACACAGGCAGAUGUGUGAAAAUUGAAAUGGACAGAAUUAUAAAUUGAAAAGAGGCACAAUAGAAAAAGCAAAAGAAACAUAUAAGUCAAAACGCUGAAAGUCGCCAGGGUGAAAGAUGCACGUUGAAAAUAUCUAUUCUUGCUGCAAUUAGAAAAGGCAAUAGUUUAUCAUCGAGCUAAUGACUCAGUGCUAAAAUAUCAGCGAUUAGCGACCGACAAGGAUAUCAACGACAGAAUGAAGCUGCUGGAAAGUACUCGCUUUGAAGCGAUCAACAGUGCGUUGUGGAUUAAAACCGGUGACAGUAAAAUCCUGGGGCGGAUUGAGAGCUACUCGUGCAAAAUGGCGGGAAACGACAAACAGCUCUAUAAACGGUUCAACGCAGAGCAGGGAGUCACUCCUCAUGACCUCCAAGCUUUGUCGCCUCCGCAAACUUCGUUAGGAGCAUCGCCGGCACAAAGCUAUUUCAGUCACAGCAUUUCUGGGGACGAAGAUGGUCCGUUGUGCGACACAAUAAGCAGAAAGACUUUAUUUUACCUUAUCGCAACGCUGAACGCAGCUUUUUAUCCAGACUACGAUUUCUCAGAUGCUAAAAGUCACGAGUUCAGCAAAGAGCCAAGCCUUCAAUGGGUCAUGAACGCCGUUGAUAGCAAUCUCAGCGCCACUGCAGGGGAUUAUUAUCGUACCCUGCGCUCUGCACUUUGGACAGCCGUUGAAGAUGAAAUCUCAAUGGGAGAAUGUGACAUUUACAGUUACAAUCCAGAUUUAGCUUCCGAUCCAUUCGGGGAAGACGGAUGCCUCUGGUCCUUCAAUUAUUUUUUCUACAACAAACGACUCAAGAGGAUUGUAUUUUUCACGUGCAGAGCAAUAAACCCGAUUUACACAUGGGAUUCUGGCGUUGGCAGUGAUUUUGCAAUGGACGAGGAUGAUUAAAUAUCAACAUUAAGAAUGUUUCUGCAAUAUUUUAGGUCACACUCCUUAAACUACACCUUAAAUGUCAACUUUCACAUUUAAUUUUCUUUUUUAGCAACUCUUGAUAUUUCAAAUCAAUGAGUAUCUCAAACUAUAGUAUUUUCAUUUAUGUUGCAAUCUUUACCUCCGCUUGUAGGAAUCUUUUUGUAUUAUUAGCUGCGUUAAGAAUGCAGGUUUGUUUCCAAUUAGGAAUUAAAACUAAAAAUAAAAGCCAAAGAAAUUACUAGAUGACCAGGCAUUUCUUAGUCUUUGGAUAAAUAUUAUUUUUCAAAGAUAUCACGUUCCAAAUGUCAGAUUCAAUUUUCAAACUUGUUUUUACAACUGACGAAGCGUUACAUUAUGUUAUUUCAUUUUCGAACUUAUUAUUCAGUAUUUGAGCUUAGAUCUGAGAAGCAAACGAUUGUUGAUAUGCCUGAAAAAUCCAUCCAACCAUUUGUGUAAACGAGUUUUCUCUUAUUGAUGUUACAAACAUGUCAGUGAAACUCAGCUUCUGUAGAUUUGAAUUAGUCCAUUUUUCUUCGGGUAGUCACAUCAUCUGCAGAAUUAGGUAUACAUAUGAUGUUAAUCCAGGUAUUAAACCGAACAUCCCUGCAGUCUUGACAAGAUAUUGAAUAUUACUGUGCAAUUGUUGCACAUUUUUAUUCACCAAGGAACUCUUCAAUUUAUGUGCAUAUACAAAUGCUUCUUCAAAACUCCACGACGAAAUGAAACUUGGCUAUCGUUGUUGGAAUUUUGCUUCGCUGCUCGCAUUUUCGCCAAGAAGCGUUUUUUUUCUAUUUCUGGUCACAUUGCUUCAUCCGUAUUGUUAGUAGAUUACGGUAGUAAUAGUAACAAGUACUAUUUUAAAAGAUAGAUAUCGUUUUAAAUCUAUGAAAAUAGAAUCAUAUAGUUUGCAAAACAACGGCACUUAAUUCCGUACAUAUUAAAUUUAUUGUUGCUAUAAACAAUAAAAAUAUCGUACUUGCUGCAAAUCCGGUAAUAACAAAAUAUUUAUCUAAUCAGAACGUGCCUUGUCAAAGAAAUGGUAGUUCGAUUAAGUAUAUUAUGUUACUUUACAAACGUUCAUUUGCAUUAAUAUUUCGUAGUCUUAGUAUCAAAUGUACGUGUGAUUCUUUUACCAGAUAAUUUUUGUUUCUACGAGUAGUUACUGUUGACCAUGCCAACUACGUUCAUUUCAAAUUGAAUUUAUAUUUUUUCAUUUGUCUUUACUCGUCACGGGAUAAAAGGAAGUUAAUUUUCUUUGCAGAAUAUACACCUAUACUUAUAGUAGCAUGUCUAUAAGAAAUGUCGAAACUUGAUUUUAGAUUGUGAUUAAAUUAUCCAAUUAAGUAUCAAAUACUUAAUGGGUAACAGCAGGCGCAGAAAUUAGGAGAUAAUAAUCCAUUUGGUAAAAUAAACCGGUUUCUAUUCUCUUUUUUUUUUUUUCUUCUACCAGUUAAAAAGAUGAUUAAUUUAUAUAUACAUCAGUCGAAUAGAAACUGAUGUAUUUGAGUUCAUAAAAGAACAUUAUGGAUUCAUUACUGAUGACUAAACAUGGUGUUUGGAACAGAUUUUUUGCUGACGCGAGCUUUAAAAGUAGAUAGUAACGUGGUCAAUAAUUGUAUUUGUAACAUUUAAAAAAUGUGUGUUUUGUUUUUUUUUUUUCUUUUUUGUUGAGUACUUCUAGUAAUAUCGGUCUGUCAGUCGUAAGCAGUGGCACAGAUUUUCUUAUACUUUCGAAAUUCUUUGACAAUCAACAAAUCCUAAUGGAAAUUAAAUGUCAUAUUUACUAGAAUAUCAAUAACAUAAAAAUAACAGUCUAAACGACUCUAACAGUUUAUAGUGAUAUAUACGACAGAUUAUUAUCUAUGAAAAAUAUAAUAAAAUUAGAAAAACGUAACGAAGGCAAAUAUUGUGCCGCGUUUACGAAGCUAUUAGGAUAAUUUUAAUAUAUCUCAGAGACGUACUAUUUGGUGUAAACUAAUGAUUAAGAAAAAUACCAUUUAUUUACAAAGAGAGAGAGAGAGAAAAUAGAGAGAGAGCGAGAGAAAGGAUAUUUUAAGAUAAGAAUUAUAUUUGCGAUUCAUUAAUUGAUUAUAAAAAUACUGACAAAUUUAUGCUAAUUUGAAAUUUUGCAUAAAUUUACCAAAAAUUUUCGAUUAAUGUAUCGGUAAAUAAUAUAAGUAUGUAUUUGAAUAAAUAACGAUCUAAUACUGUAAUUUUGAACAUAAUAAGUAUGACGAAAAGCGUUACGGCUCAGAGCAAAAGAUUAGGCCUGUCAUUUAAUUAAAAGGCUGCUAUAUGAUUUGAGAUGUAAGAGAGAGUACUACUUAUUUUGAAAUUUAAUUCCACUUAAAAACAUAUGUAUCUCACAGUAAAUAAUUAUAAUACAUGUAUAAUAUUAAUAAUAACGUUAACAACAGCAAUAGUUUCAUUAUAAAAUUAAUAAUUAUACUUCGUUUUAAGUGUGUUAUUAUAUUCUAUAAUCAAAAAGUACAGAAGCAAGGUAGACAUAUCACCUGAGAGCGAUUUUAAAAUCUGACUUCAAUACCCAUACAUAUAUACGCUGCUGCUUUUAAAUUUGCGCACCGAAUUCGAAACACAUAAAAGUAUUAUAUCAAUUUUCGUUUAUUUGCCCGUUCAAUAAAAGUAAUCAUUAAAUGGA